UCGUUUUCUUUCUACAGCCUUGGAUACCAUUUAAUCGUCGCCGUUCUUGCCCAUUUCUACUGCUUCAACUCCGACCACAAUUUCUUACAUUUUUACGUUCAUUACGAAACUAAUUCGCGCAAAUUCUCUGAAUUUGUGAAACUGAGGUAUUCAUAAAGAUUCAAGAGGAGUAUAUGUAUAUAUAAAUGAUGGGUGGCGCGUCGCUGGAUGGAUUGCAAGAUCACCUGAAGCUGGCUAGAGAAUACGCUUUGGAAGGACUGUAUGACACUUCCAUUAUUUUCUUCGAUGGCGCCAUUGCUCAGAUCAACAAGCAUUUAAAUACAGUCGAGGACCCUCUACUGCGUACGAAAUGGAUGAAUGCGAAGAAAGCAAUUUCAGAAGAAGCGGAGGUUGUGAAGCAAUUAGAUGCUGAGAAAAGGUCGUUCAAGGAGGUUCCUAUUGGCAGGCGGCCUAAUUCACCUCCAAUUUCGACGAAGUCGUCCUUUGUAUUUCAGCCAUUGGAUGAGUAUCCAGUGUCAUCAAGUGCUCCAAUGGAUGAUCCCGAUGUGUGGCGACCUCCUACUCGAGAUCCUUCGAGUAGAAGACCUACAAGAACUGGUCAAGUUGGCAUGAGGAAGUCACCACAAGACGGGACUUGGGCACGUGGAGGUUCCACAAAAACAGGAACAGCUGGUCGUGGAGGAAGGACAGGUGGCUCUAGUAAGUCGAACACCGGAGUUCGAGCAUCAACUACUGCAAAGAAGGGAGCUGGGAAAUUGGCCUCUGGAAAAGCAGAUUCAGUAAAUGGUGAUGAUGCUGAAGAUGGAAAGCCGAAAAAAGUGCAAUAUGAAGGGCCUGAUGCAGACUUGGCUGCUAUGCUCGAAAGGGAUGUCUUGGAAACCAGUCCUGGUGUCAGAUGGGAUGAUGUGGCUGGGUUGAGCGAAGCAAAAAGACUUUUAGAAGAAGCUGUAGUUCUUCCACUGUGGAUGCCCGAGUAUUUCCAGGGAAUUAGGAGACCGUGGAAAGGUGUACUCAUGUUUGGCCCUCCUGGUACUGGGAAGACACUUCUAGCUAAAGCUGUUGCUACUGAGUGUGGUACAACAUUUUUCAACGUUUCUUCUGCUACCCUGGCUUCAAAGUGGCGUGGGGAGAGUGAACGAAUGGUCCGGUGUUUGUUUGAUCUUGCAAGAGCUCAUGCUCCUAGUACAAUAUUCAUUGACGAGAUUGAUUCUCUUUGCAAUGCUCGAGGGGCAUCAGGAGAGCACGAAUCAUCCCGACGGGUCAAAUCAGAGCUUCUAGUUCAGGUAGAUGGCGUCAACGCUUCUUCCAUCAAUGAAGAUGGUACUCGCAAGAUAGUGAUGGUUCUAGCAGCUACAAAUUUUCCUUGGGAUAUAGAUGAGGCAUUGAGGAGGCGACUGGAGAAGAGAAUAUACAUUCCACUUCCAAAUUUUGAGAGUCGCAAGGCGCUAAUAAAGAUCAAUUUGAAAACUGUUGAGGUGGCUUCAGAUGUGGAUAUUGAUGAAGUGGCUCGUAGGACAAAGGGAUACAGUGGAGACGAUCUAACAAAUGUUUGCCGGGAUGCUUCUUUGAAUGGCAUGAGGCGUAAGAUAGCAGGAAAGACACGUGAUGAGAUCAAGAACAUGUCCAAGGAUGAGAUUUCAAAUGAUCCCGUUGCUAUGUGCGAUUUUUUAGAAGCCUUGACUAAGGUUCAACCAAGUGUUUCAGCAGCUGAUAUUGAAAAGCACGAGAAGUGGUCUGCUGAAUUUGGUUCAGCGUAGAAGGGCUAACUCAUAUUAGUAUUGCAAUCCUCUGUUUUUUCGUGCCUCAUUUCCUUUUGAGGUCACACUUGAUCAUUUUUUGGUUUGAUUCUAAACCAGUGUUGAUUAUGAUUUGAUUGAUGAGAGGUCUUUGCAUUUUGUUUCCUGUGUACGAGUAACCAUGUAGCAAAACCUGAUGUUCAUUCAUAUACUGACUGGAAUUUCAGAAUUACUAUUAACCUCAUUCAGUGCUGCUGAGCAAUUCGUUUGGACAA